ACAACAACAACAACAGCUACAACAGCAAGAUACCUUCUCCAGUCUCCCAUAUAUAAUCGACAUCGUCAUUGCUGAACUCCAGGGGAAAGUGGGACGAUAGGAUAAAACCGUGAAAGGGGUACAGGGCACCGAGCGGCACAACGAAUGAUUCCAUUGCACCUGCAGUUGCUGAUUUGGGUUAAUUUUGCCCACUUGCAUCCGCUCUUUGUCAAUACACACUCGCCUCGCCUUGUCUGUCAUGUGUGCCACACAGGUAUCCGUACUCCGUAGAUGUUUAGGAAUGCAGUUGCUGCUUUGGACUAAUUUUGCCCACUUGUAUCCGCUUUCUGUCAACACACGCUCGCCUCGCCUUGUCUGUCAUGUGUGUCAUCCUUGGUAUUUAGGAAUGCCCAACCUUGUUCUGGUACUGAAAUCAGUCUCGACUUGCCCGGCAGGGCGUGCACUUGAAAGGUUGCGGCCCGAAUUUCGAUCAGCUAUUAUAUCGGUCAGCAUCGAAUCGUGACAGCCAUAUCGAAUCGUUCGGUAUGGUUGUGGUCAAGGGUCAUUUCGGCUGUCUCGUGUUGAUUUGUAAGUUUCUUGAUAUAUCCGAU